GUCAUUAAUGUUCAAGGAAUUGUAUAAGAUUGUCAAAUAGUUCAUCUCUUUUUGUAUUGAGGUUUUCCAAUAUGAUUCACUUAUAUUUAGAAUUUGUUAGACAAAUAUUAUAGGUUCCCAAACAAACUUUUGUUCUCUAUUUAGUCAUCAAGAAAGAUGUAAUAAGUAAAUUGAGAUCUACUAAUAAAUAAUAUGGAAUGGAUAAAUUCAUUUUUGUCUUCAAAAUCAUCAAAAUCUAUUAUCAACCCAGAAGAUGAAUGUGAUCCACAAGCCUGUUAUGAUAGUUUCAAGGAGCAUUGGCAUCAAGUGUGCAAAUUAUUUAAUAGGGUUCAACAAUUACCCAGCCAUGACGAUGUUUUGGGAGUCGUUAAUCACUUGGAACAAAUGGCAACAUUAUUAUUAUAUGAUAUUAGACGCAUUGACAGGCUUUACAUGAAUCAGUGCUCCUCUCAAUGCCUGGAAUAUUUGUUCGAUGAACACAUACUAGAUAAAUUGUAUGAAUGGAGCACACGAUCUGGAAGAUAUAUCAAUGCAAUAAGAUGUGAACAAUUGAAGUUAUACAAAAUGUUAGUUACUCAUUCUAGACACAUUUUGUUAUUACAUGAAACAUUUGUAAAUCCCUUAAUCAAAUUAUUGUGUUCCAUGGAAGAGGAAGUAUUUUCUAAUGAAGUAGAAAAUUUAUUAGUAGAUUUAAUCAACCAAUUGAGUGCCCUACUUAUGCAAAAUGUUGAAUUUAUCGACUUGUUUUUUCAAGAAGUAAAGAAAGUACAAAGCUUUAUAAUUUUUUCCCUACUGAUUCCAUUUGUGCAUAGAGAAGACUCAAUAGGUAUGAAAGCACGCGAUGCUCUAUUACUAUGCAUGUCACUGUCAAAAAAGAAUAAAAGAGUGGCUGUUUAUGUUGCUGAUGAUUCAAAUUUCUCCAUACUGCUCAUAACUGGUUUGGGUGGACUAUAUUCUGCAUUACCAAAUGUUUUAGAAGAUAUUUUAGUACCUGACUGGCAUAGAUUUACACCUGAUGAUGUUAAUGAAAUUAAAGGAUUGCUUAGUUUCGUUACAUCUUUAGAAUUUAGUAAUGCCGUGGCACAAGUAGCACACCCAUUGAUACGAAAACAACUUGAAGAAUUAUUGUUCCGUGGAUUUUUAAUACCCGUAUUGGGACCCGCCCUCUUACAAAUCGACAUUUAUGAACAAGUAGCUGCCACAGCUUAUUUAGAUUUAAUUCUAAGAACUUUAACAAAUACCGGAUUAUUACAUGCGAUGCUUCAGUUUUUACUGGAAGUGGACUUCGACGGGGACAAAUUAUUAGAUAUUUUGGUACAACGAUUGAGAUCUGAAAAUAGGCAGCUAUGUCUAGUUUCUAUAGCUAUGUUUGAAUCUAUUGUAGAUUUAAAUUGUGAAGACCUAAUGUUAGAAUUAGUAUUCAAACAUUUACAACCUUGCCUUCAUCUGAUGUUAUCACAACGAAAGAUGUUUCUGUCAUUUGAUCCAUACUGUCAGAGUUUUGAAAAAUUUCUAACAUUGACACCAAAAUGUUGUCAGAUAGUGGAAUUUACUAGUCAUGAUAAUGGACAAUGGUAUUCGUUGAAGAAUAAGCAAAGUUUGUAUGGAAAGUAUUUUGCGUAUUUAUGUGAUGCUAGAAAUAGAAUAGCACAAUGUCAGAUGGCCUGCAUUGCAUGGAAUAAUUUGUAUACUGGAGAAGAUUAUUGUGAUAAUUCUGCUGGAACAUCAUUAGAGCGAAGCAGUGGAUAUGAAAGUUUAAAUUGCUCCUCUGAAGACACUAAGACAGAAGAAUACUGGGAAAAAUCAAGUAAUUAUCAACAUAAGAAACAACUACUAGAAACCCCAAAAAUUACAUGUAUUGAACAAUCUGGUGCAUCUGCUGGCCCGUUUCUCUCCAUUCUGAUGGAAAAAUUGAGAAAUUAUUUAUCGAAUUCAUUUUACAUAAAUAUACAUUUAACUGGUUUGAUUUCCAGAUUGGCUGCCUAUCCCCAACCGGUCCUCAGAGCGUACCUUUUAGAUCACAGUUUGAUUCUCCAACCAAACGUGCCAUCCAUAUUUGAAGUUAUAGGAAUACUAAAACAGCAAAUAGACGACUACCUUUAUCAACGAUCAAAUUGUUUACAGUUAAUUAAAUUUGCUAGAGAUCUCUUAGUAGAUAGAGAGUUGAUGUUAGUCAAUCAAAGAAAACAUAAUAUUGAACAGCACAACAAAAAACUAGAAAUUGAACCGUUUCAGAGGAACAUUUCCAAAAGAAGAAGUCUAGGCAUAUCUCCAAUCAGUAGUAUAUUUGGAAGAAGACCAAGCCAAGUAGAUAUUACUAUUCCUGUGAUGUUAUCAGAUGAGGUUCAAUUCAAUAAUAUUUAUCAAAAAUUUAAUGCCAGUCAACAUGUAGCGCUGUGUGCAGUUCUGUUAAGUGAAUGGUUGAAGGAGUUAUCUGCGCUAGCUCAAGAACAUACUGUAGCUCAUUUUGCUAACCUUUUAAAAUAAUUUGUGUUGAAUGAAUAAUUUAUUAUGAUACUAGUGUAAAUAAUACAUUUCACCAAAUACUACUUUUUGAUAUUUUUUGUUUUUAGUUAUGAUUUACUUUAUAAUAAUAAAUCCUAUAUUGCCGUUGGAAUUAA